CUAAACGAAGGCGUACAGAUGCUGACGUUGUCAUGGAAGGCUCUAUAGAAGAUCUCAUACAAGACCUCUUGGAAGACCCUAUGGAAGACCCCAUGGAAGAAGCAAUGGAAGACCCCCUGGAAGAAUCCCAACCAGAGGCUCGAGAAGAACGGCCGGCAAGCGUGAGAAGGCGGAGAGUAUCGUUUGCAGCGGAUACCAAAGUACCAAAGUCGCUCAUUCCAAUCAAGUUCAUGCGACGCAACUCUGAUUCCACAGGACUAAAGGCGGGUUUUUUCUCCAAUACCCAACGGAUCCCCCGACUUGGCGGACGAACGGACAGCUCAAAGGAGAAUGCAGGUGCUGAAGUGCCUUUUAAAAGCACGGCGACGCAGCAGACCGAGCUAUUUCUGUCUAGGCUGCCAAGACCCACGGUCGAAGGCGUUUUUGACGGAAAGAAAUUUGGAAAGAGGCCCAAGACGUACGGUAAACGGCUUAAGAAGUGAUACGCGUACGAUGUAUAUUAGACAUGUUGGAUGAGGGAAAAUGCGAUUUGUGUAUUAUGAUUAUGAGGACGGGCGGUUAAUGUUUCCUCUCGACAGGAAUGGGCGCAGGCGGUUUAACAGGGUAAAAGAGGCGUGGCUCGUUUGGACUUUAUAUCCAGUCUGGUGUCGCAUCGCAUCACAGCGAGCAGACUAAUGAUGGAAACAGUUGUAUAGACGUGAGGAAAAGAUGACGAGUUACUUUGCUCACCUGUUCU